AUUGCUGCGAGAUCGAAAUAAAACGAAUUUUACUUUUCUAAUGCUACACCAGACAGAUUUGUUGGAACCAGACUGCUAUUAUCCUUAUGUGGAACCUCGAAAGCAGCGUAAACUAAAGCCAACUCACGCCGGUUUCAUCGCCUGGCAUGUCGUGAUCGUCUGUUAUUACUUGUGCACCACUCUCUGCAGAGCUGAGCCCGCGCUUUCCGAGAGCAAGCUGUUGGAUCUGACCCAUGAGUUCGACAAUGCCACCAUCUACUGGGCCACCGAGAGACCCUUGACCCUGAAUGUCACUUACAACGGGACGAUCCAACCUGGGGGUUACUGGUAUCAGAAAGAUGAAAUAUAUGCAGCAACACACGGUGGAACCCACUUGGACGCACCGUGCCAUUUUGCGCAAGGGCGAUGGUGUGUGUCUGAUAUUCCUCUUGACCGUCUUGUUGUUCCAACCUUGGUGGUAAACAUCAGUGGCAAAGUAGACAGCAAUCCAAACAUUCAUUUGGCAAAAGACGACUUGAUAUCAUGGGAGAAAAAGCAUGGGAAGAUCCCCGACGGAAGUCUGCUGAUGGUCUUGACAGGAUGGUCGAAGUUCUGGCCCGAUCCUUUAAAGUACUCUGGAACAGAAGAUCGAAAUGUUUCCCUGUUGAAAUUCCCAUCGAUAAAGCCUGAAGCAGCAGAGUGGUUGGUAUCCAAUCGGAAUAUUGUCGGAGUAGGAAUCGAUACGAUGUCCAUCGAUAUUCCUGGUGGCAUUCCGAGCACUCACGUGACUUUGAUGGAAAAAAAUAUAUAUGGACUUGAAAAUGUGAACAAUUUAGAUCUCCUUCCGCCGAAAGGUGCCCUUGUCUACGUAAUGCCGAUGAAAUUGAAAGGUGCCAGUGGUGCUCCGUGUAGGCUGAUUGCACAGGUGUCGUCGGAAGUUGCAAGUUCUGCAGCAUCUGCUUUCAAUUUUUCAUCCUUGUUGACUGUGAUCGUAGUAUUGCACAUUUGGCUGCGAUUUUCAUGACUUUUGAACGUCAACAUACCUUGAAACUGUUGCCUGACGAACUUUCUAUUAUAGAAGUUGUUUUGAUUGUGAAAUUUGUUUUUAUCUGUUGUUGUUGCAGUGUUUUUAUAAUAAA